AUGGAGCUUCUUGCAUGGUUACAAGAUUGCGAGGAUAGUGAUUGCGUGGUGAAAUGCGGAGAUGCAGAGUUCAAGGUCCACCAGAGUAUUCUCCGGGAGGCAUCCCCGCUCCUCGACGUAUACCUCAGUUGCUCCUCUACGAAACACAAAAAGGUGGUCUCGGUGCCUCAUAAUUUCGGAAUGUACACUAUGCAAGCAUUGCUGGAGUUUAUGUACGACGACAACUAUUCGUUCGAGCCGGAUACCAAGGGACAAAAAGAUCUUGUUGCCGCUUGCAAAUUUCACAUUACCGUUGGAAUCGCCGCGCGAUGGUACGAGAUGGACGGGGAGGACUCCCUCGACGAUCUCUCCAGACGUAAACUCAAGUCCUCCUUGCCUGGAGUUGAAGCCGAUGGCUUGGCUCAAAUUGUACGGAGCGCUAAUCAACUGGCAGUUGACUUCAAAACGCAACGCAUGGUUGCUAGGGCAGUUGCAAGGGCAAUGCAGAAUGAGAACAAUAAGCAUUAUUUCAAGCAUCUCGACAUGUCCGAGGACUUCCGUGGACUGGUCAACUUCUUUUUCCAGGAUUGGCUAAAACAGGCGGCAGCAAAUCCAGGCAGCAAGGGAACAUUGGACAAGAGCACCACUCUACUACCAGUAGUCUCUGGAAGGAUGAAAUAA